AUGACAGAUUCUUCAAUUGAUUUUUUGCAACGGCUCAGUGCUUCCUGUGAAACCAGGGUAGAAGAGGUCAAGAAAAUCCUGAAUGAACCUGCCGCCUCCCCCAUCUCCAGCUGGGUCCCCAGCUUGAUUUCGCAACUCUUUGCCAAGGAAACAAGUGAAAAUACGCUCACAGUGAUCAAAUCUUUGGUAGCAAUUGAUGAUUCAAAGUACUCUCCGACCAUUGCGGUUGAGGUCAAGAGAAUAUGUUUCCAUAAACAUGCCAACAACCUGUUCAUAUCUCCCCAAGUUGUGCAACUUUGGAUCUACCAAUUGUGCUGUACCAGUCACGUCAGUGUGCACACAAAUCUAUUGGAUGCAUACAAGGUGGUUUCUCAAUUGCAGGGCGUAGUACAGCUUGCCCUUCCAAAUCUCAUUGGCAUUUGGAAGGAAUCGGGAAGUACCAAUUCAAUUGUUGCCAUUCGCUGUGCCACGCUCUAUCUUUGGACUGUGAAACUUUGUGGAGAUUCAGCAUUUGAAUCGGGAAAAGAACUAGGUGCCACUGAUUUGCUUUUGAAACUAAUUGAAAAAACCGACGAUCCCUUGACGCAACUUAGUGUCUUGGAUCUAUUUCCCCAAGUAUUUGAAUUCACCGUGGGGAUUCCAGCUGCACAGAAGGCCUGGAUGAGUCAGAAGGACGUGACAGCUACCAUAAUCAAGAUUUUGAAAGAUCCCAUAGUUGGUGGGGCGUCCAUGCAAUACCUCGCACUCGUGGCGCAGUUUGACGACCCUCAUGUCCUUCCAGCUCUCCUCAAUUUUAUUCGAUCCGUUGGCCCAACUACCAUCGAAUCAGAGCGGCUCCAGGUUGUCAACGCACUGAGCAGCCUAUCACAAAGCUCUUCGAAAAUGCUGGAAUGCAUAUUGCAAGAUGCUGAGCUUCGAUGUUCUUGGUGGGAUGUGUCAAGAACCUCAGUACCGAAACUAAAGGCUGCAAUUUUGAGCAGCAUUGCUCAAACCCUCAAGCACCCACAAAAUACUGACGCAUCAUUAAUGCUUCGUUUAUAUACACUCAUCGGCCAAGACAACUCUGCCGAGUCCACUACGGCCUGGAUGUUGCAAAAGUUUGCGAUGAGUCCAAUGCCAGAGCUUCGCAUUGCGUCCUACACAGUCUGGAUAAGCUUGGCCCAGAUACCUGGUGGUUGCACUUUGUUAGCUAUGAGUAGUGGGUUCAUGGACUUGGUAGUUGAGGGAAUCCGGGAGUCCUCGUACGAUGCACGAUUGGCAAAAUUUGAAGUUCUCAAAUACUUCGAUGAGCAUGCCAAUGCAUUUCUCUCAGCGGACAUUGCGAAAAAAUUAAAGCAAAACUUGGCGCUUGGGCCACAUGGGAUGAAAGCCCAACGCUGGGAGGUUGCUACGGAUUAA